GGGUCCAUUUCCACUUCCCCCAGCUCCAACGCCUCUUCGGCCCUAGCCUACUCCACCUUCUCUACUCCUGCCUACUCUGGCAACAUCGGGCUGGGAAACACUUCAUUCAACGUCCCUGUGCCCUUCCAGUACGGCAGUCUGUCUUCAGUCCGAAGGAACUCAACCAUAUCAAUCGUCGUCGGCUAUGCUGCCGCCAACACGAUCACCAGGGAUGAGCAACCACCCCGUGUCACCGUCGGUUCUAGGCGGAUCCGCCAGAGAUAAUUAUACCACAUCAACGCCAGGCUUGCAUCGCCAUCCUCACACCUUGUCCCCUCGCUCCGAUCUUUCUCGAUACAGCACACUGCCACCAGAGACACCGAGGAGUGUACUGCCGACCACCAUGCCGCUGUCCAACACCCCCGGCUAUGGAGCCGGCCCAGUGCUAGCCUACGGCGCCCAGCCUCAGCAGUCGGAAAGUCCACCGUUUGGUGCACAGGAAACCUUCCACGAGAUGACAUGUGAGGGAACGACCGUCACUCCUUCCAUCGAAGCCAAAGUCGACAAGGGCUUCUUUUAUUCCCCGGAUCGCGUCUGGACGUGCUAUCGGAGGAACUACUUCGCAGUCUCAGUGUCAUUCACCUUGACCCCCUGGGUGCAGAAUGGCCGACUAUAUAUCAAUCGAGGAGGCAAGACCGAACAGGUCCAAUCUCUUGCCGUCUUUCUGGCUGCUGCCGUCGAUGGAAACCAAGGGAAGCCCAUCGAGCUCAUCCAACAUACACCCAAACGCGACAAGGGACCACAAUUGCAAAUGAAGAAGGAGCUUCUGUCACCGACACCACCAGGCAAGGCUCACGAACACAGCGGCUACAGCCUCAGCUCCUUCCAUCACACGGCUCUUCCCGGCCCGAGCCUUCCUCUGCAGAACGAGGCCGAGGCGGCACAUCAGUACUCCCCGACCAGCCACGCCAACAGCAACUUUCAACACAACUUCGAGCGCAUACAAUUCAAGUGCGCCACAGCAAACAACGGGAAGAGACGGGCCCAGCAACAGUACUACCACUUGAUCGUGGAGCUUUGGGCAAAUGUUCAAAAUCCCCGCGACGAAGAACCGAUCUGGGUCAAGAUCGCUGCGCGCUCUUCACAACCCGUCGUCGUCCGAGGCCGUUCCCCAAGCCAUUACUCGGGAGAGGGACCUCACAAUGCCAGCAAUGCUCGAGGCGGCGGAGGUUCCAACAUUGGUGGACCAGGCUAUCCGGGUCUUGGCGCCAAUGGAUCAGGGUAUGGGCCGCCCUACAAGAAUGGCCUUUCCGGUGGCGGCAACAGUGCAAUGGGCGGCGGUAUGUAUCGUGGCAAUACAUAUUCUCUCGAUCCGAGCCCCGUGGCCAGCCAUGUUGGGAGUCAUUCGGUCAGCUCUGCCAGCUCCCUCAGCGGAGGGCCCGUCGAUGGCCUUGUUGGCGACCACCACAUGCACGAGGAGGAAGACACCAAGAUGAUGGAAAGCCAGCAAAGUUACCAAUACUAUCCGUCCACGAUCUACGAGAACACACCCAUGAAGAUGGACACCACCGGACUUCCCCUUCCAGAGCGGAGGAUCAAGGAAGAAUACCCCGGUCCCGCCGCACUCGCUUCUGGCUGGUCGGUGGGUAGUUGCGGACGCUUUCAGGGCAUGGAGACCAGCCGUGGAUACUACCCACCCGACGUCCACGCCCACGUAGGCUACUGAAGCCGAGCAUAGCAAGUGCUGUUGACGAACCUCCGGGCAUUGAAGCAUGCUGUCGACUGGAACAGACGCAUUGCCUGGACGCACGAUGACUUCUCUAUUCACGAGCGGCAUCAUGCCCACCACUACCAACAGAUGAGCGACGCCACACCAU